UGAAUCAGUUGGAAAGAUAGAUUCAUCGACGAAACUUCAUAGCCAGGUCCGAAAAAAUGAGCGAGAGCGAGCUUUCGAGCGCCGUGACGAGCGCACUAUUGGAGCUCUACCAUCGCGAAAAUAUUCCCAUGGUCUCGCAACCGAUAGCCGGAGUUGGGGAGAAUGCCUACGGACAGGUCCUUCGAGUGAGUUGGCCCACGAUUCCCGAAGCUGCCACCGUUGUGGUCAAAAUGGCGCCGAAGAACGAGGCCCGAAGAUCCCACAUGCAUGUGGUGGACUACUACGCCCGGGAGGUCUUCAUGUACCAGGAGGUAUUCCCCAUUUUCCGGGAGCUAUCACCAGAUCGGAGCAUGUUUACCGUAGCACCAGCUUUGCAGGCCAAUGGUCUAAAGGCUCCCGAUGAAUUCUUGAUUUUCGAGGAUCUAUCUGGAAGUGGUUUCCGGCCAAAUUCCCGUAGCAUUAUGCCCACCUACGACAUCGUUAUCUGCUCCCUGAAAGCUUUAGCGGAGCUACAUGCGUGCUCAUUUAUCCUGCAGAAACAAAAUCCUGCAAAGUUCAAGAAGUCAGUGGAGUUCGUAAAGAAGGAUAACCUAUUCACUCCAAACAUUGAGGAGGUCACCAUUGAGUUUGGAAAGGCACAGUUGCGAAAGGCGAGAAAUAUUCUUGACGAAUCCGAUGGCGACCAAGUGGCUGCUCUCAAGGAGGUCCUGGAACGCUGUGAAAAACACCUAAAAUCCUUGGCUCUUUAUUGUGUGGACGGAAAAUCAGCGGCACCACAUUCUGUUAUCUGUCAUGGAGACUUCUGGAAUAACAAUAUUCUCUACAGACAUGAGCCUAAUUUUGAUCAACCCGUAGAGGCCAAACUCAUCGACUUCCAGAUGUCACGCUUUGCUCCGCCGGUACUCGAUAUUGUCCACUAUCUUUAUGCGUGUACGGAAAAACCACUGCGGGAUGAACACUUUUCCACCUUUAUGGAUGCUUACUACGACACCCUGGACCAGAAAUUGACUUCUUGUGACCUCCGCUUGGAGGAGAUAUAUCCACGGAGUGUUUUCAACCGACAAUUGCAACUUUACGGUGUCUACGGCUUAAUCAUGGGUGCAUUCUCCCUACCCUUUUUUAUUUCCAAUGCCAGUGAGGUAAUUGAUAUCGAUACCGUUUCCGAAGCCAUCCAGGAUCUUUCGACUUCGUCCGAUGAACCCAAAUACAAGGAGCUGAUCGAGGAAUACGAAAUGCUCAACGCGCGCACUUUGCCAAUUUUCAAGCGUCGAAUCAUCGGCAUCGUGAAGGAUCUAAUCAAAUACAACAUGACAGAGCCUCUAUUUCAAAUGGACUCCUAACCAAGUGCUACAGUAUUAUAAGCUACAAAACCAAAAUGGCCAUAGAAGACUUGGAUGUAAAUAUUUUGCCAGUAUAUGUGAUUUUUUUCCAUAUUUAUUCAGGGAACUCUAUGAUUCUAAAAAUUCACAACUUAAAUAAAACUCGCAAAACAAAGGAUGUUAACUUAAAUGUUUGCAAUUGGAUUUGUGUAACUAAGGCUAAAACUAAAUAUGUACAACUCUUAAAUAUAGUGAUGAUUAAUGUUCCCUGGCUACAUUGGUAGCGAAACACAA